UUCUGUGGGUCUAAUAGCAGAGUGUUCUUUGUACUCAAUAUAUUUCUGUCUCUUCCCUAGCUACCCUGUAAAGAAAAUCCCUAGUCUUAUCAUUCCACUUAAUUCUCCCACUUCCUAAUUCUCUUUGAAAUAUAUGUGCAUUUCUUUUUAACAACUAACCUCCCAACCCCAAUUAGACUUAACAACAACACCAUUUUCUUACUCUCUCUCUCUCUGUCCAUGGCAUUCUUGAUAAAGUUUGGACUAACCAUGGAGCUUCUUCUCUUAUCAACAGGACUUGUUUCUACUUUCUUCAUGCUCAAAAAAGCUAUUACUCCUCCUUACUUAUUUAACAUGUUCUUCGUUAAUUUAAGUGAAAUCUUGAAUUAUAUGAAGAGUUUCUUGUCAUCUCCACUUUAUAUUUGCCUAUUCAUCAACUUUGUUGUCAUACUUAUCUUAACUUUCUCCAAAUUUCAACACCCAAUCAUGAAAUUCCUCAAUGUUUUCCUAGAUAAUGAAAAGGAUGUUGAACAUGAUGAUAUCCAGAUUCAUCCACAAGCACAUCAUCAAGAAAAAGAGGACUAUAUGCCCAAUAGAACUAAUUCAGCAAUUGCAAUGGAAACCGUUAUGUCUUUCUUCAAUCGCUACAAUUCACAUCCAGAUAUUCAAGAUGAUAUGUCCACAACAACUACUUUGCCUCAGUCGCAAAUACGUUGGGGCCGAACUGAUAGUGCACAAACAACAACAACUACUCUGCCUCAGUCUCAAACACGUAGGGAUCGACUAAGGGCCAAAGCUAAAAGUGCACAAACAACAGCAACAACAACUACUCUACCUCAAUCUCAAACAAGUUGGGAUUGGUCAAGUGCCAAAAUUGAUAGUAGUCCACGAACAUCGCAUAAUUUUCCAGACAUAUCUCAUUUGACUGAGGCCCGUGAAAUCGUUAGUCCACGUUCAUCAAAUCCACUUGAUCGUGAGAGAACUACAAGAACCAAUUGUCAAGAAAAUAUUGAAGAGGGGGAAUUAGAGGAUGAUUCAUUGGAGGCGACAUGGAAGGCAAUCAUCAAGAAAAAGGAACUGAGAAAAUCAUUGACAUUUAACGAUACUUUUUCGACGUCUCGGAUUGGAGGCCUUAGAGGGGACAUAUCUGUUAGUACAGAGGAAUCCAACAAGAAAUUCGAUGAUUUCAUAAAGAAAAUCAAUCAAGAGAGGUUGCUGCAGAGGCAAGAAUCUGAUCAGCGCGCCCACAAUGUUAAUAUGCUAAAUCUGCUUACUAGCUAGAACAACUCAGAGCCGAGAUACAAUUCUGCUUCCGAGUUUGGGAGAACAGAGUAGCUUUGGUGAGACUCUGUAUUUGUGUUCAAAAUUUACUUAAUACGUAUAAACUCAAAAUUCUAGAAGACCUUUUUAUCUUCUAUGUAGUACUAGUGCUUCAGUUAUAAAAAAAUUACGAGUGUUUGCAGCAUUUUCAGGUGACAUUAUAUUGUCCAGUUAGUUCUUACUUUGUUACUAUGUGUGUGUAAAACUGAAUGAAAAUAAUUAAG